AUGGCCGUCUCAUACAUUCACCCCAUGUACCGGCUCUUCUUUCAAAAAAUAGAGCCUGCCAUCACACUCUGGACCGGCUAUGUCAACCUCCGCAACCGCACACUCGGCGGAACCUUGCUCUUCAGCAGGAUCAGCAGCGAAGAACACUAUUACCUGUUUCGAGACCAGUUCGUGCUCGAGCAGAUGCUAAGCCUCAUGACGGCAUUGAUGGCCAUGGCCGCAAUCGUCAUGUACUACGCGGACGACGUCCGACUAUGGCGUCGAUGCCAACUUGUGCUUUUGAUAUGGAACUUGGCGUGCUUGAAGGGAACUUCUGACGUGACGGUGGAGUGCAUUUACUGUGUAGAGCUGUGCACCGUAUUGGUGAUUAUACGGCUCAUGUUUUUGUUUAAUGUUGGGAACCGGGUGCGAGGCAGCUAUGUCGAGAAUGGCGUUUUGAGAAGGCUGUAG